GAGGCCAACACCUUCAAGAAGUUCGGCGACAGCCUCCUGACCAAGGCUGCGAAGCUGAGCGAUUUGGUCUCCGCCGUGGAGAGCUACAUCCCGGAGAUAAACGAGGAACAUGCUGACCACAAGCGUGUGACAAAGUGCAUUUCCAACCUAGAAGCUGCGACUGAAGUCGUGGAGAAGGAGUAUGAAGCGGUGCAGGCCGUCAAAGCAGACGUUGAUUCUCACUUGAAGAAAAAGGGCCUCGCGGAGACGGAAGAGAGGCUCAUCGCCAAAAUGACGGCACAGACUGCUGCUACAAAUGUCAAGAGCCUUGGCUUCUUUGGGUGUUCCAAGGUGAUCACGGCAGAGAACACCGCGAAGAGUCUCGGAUGGGAGCCCGGCAGUGUCGUUCGACAGAUGGCCAAGAUGGCUCCUUGCAACCAGGCGGUCGCUGUGGCUAAGGCUGCGGUGCGAGACAGGCCAGCAGAUCAAGUGACACCAGCACUCAGGGAAUUUGCCCAAGUCAGGGAGAACGAUGCCGAGGAAGCGUGCCACAAACUUUUCAAAAAGUACAACUUAUGCAGCCCCGUGAAGCUUGAGACGCUGAAUCUUGGACGAGGGGAGAUGAGAACUUUCCCAUAUGUUCGAAUAUCCUCUUGGAUUCAACAUGUGCUUGAUUUGGGGCGCAUCGAUCUUUUAUGUGGUGUCGAUGGGGAACAUAUGGAAAGCUUGCUGGCUGAAUUUUGGUCAAGGUACCGAAUUCUCCAUGCUGACCACGAGGUUUUUACUUCAGGGAUCAACCUUUCCCGAUCCGUGCCCGUUUUCGGGCACAUCGACGAAGGGCGUACGUUCAAAUCAAAGGCCUUGCUUAUCCUCAGCAUCCACGGAGCUUUGGGGAAGGGUACCGCCAGCUACAAAAAGCGAGCAGCGCCGAAUGCGAGAGGAGACUUCAAGGAUUCUGGUAUGGGCAUGAACUACUUGGGGGCGACGUGGUCCAACCAGUUUAUGUUUUGCUGCAUCCAGCGCACGAUUUUCAGCCAAGAUCCAUCUAUGUUGGAAACCAUUUUUGCAACUUUCGCAUCAGACAUGGCGAUGUUGGCAACAAGGGGCAUCAGCAGCUCGAGUGGCAGGGACCACAUUUAUGUGGUCAUGCUCGGGCUGAAAGGAGAUCUUCCUGCCCUGCAGAAGGCAGGUGAUCUCACUAGAAAUUUCAUGAAGGGCCCCAAAAAGGCUACUUCCCAGAAGCCGUGUGACGGCGUGUGCUGGCUCUGCCUAGCAGGCCAGGAACAGCCAUUGCACGUCCCGUUUGAAGAUUUUGGUGAGGACGCUCUGUGGAAGCUAACCAUGCACGCGAAGGAGCCUUGGGAAAGGAAGCCGACUAUCAUGGGCAAUCUGCCAAUUCAGCCAAGUGCUGUAUCUGGAUUCUUCAUCACGGACAUUUGGCACAACUGGCAUAAUGGAGUAGCGAAGAUCUAUGUUGCAAAUGCUGUUGCAACGAUGGUUACAACGACAGGUAUUAUUCCAGCGAAUUCCAUCGAUGCCAAGUUUCAAUUUUUGACAACAGACUACAGGAGCUUUUGUGCCCGGCAAGGGAUUGCGCCAUACCUUCAGGAGCUAUCGAGGGACACUUUCGGGUUCGAUUCGGCAACAGCCUCACCGCAUGGUUCUUGGAACAAGGCCGUCGUGAGUACGCACCUCAUGCUUUUCUUGGCCGAUUUUGCUGCUCGUUUUAUUGACGGGAAAACGACGGAUUAUCUUCUCACCUCCAUCGACUCUCGCCGCAAUAUUCAAGCUUUUAAAUUGGCUUUUGCAGCAUUUAAAUCACAUCGAAUGUUUCUGUUUCCAUGGCUGCUAUAUACUGCAUGCGGUCUAGAUUGUCGACACGACAGUUGCUUAUGUGUGGACAUGCAUGACUGUAUGAUGCUUGUAUGUGUGCUCGUGUAUUGUAUGUAA